AGUGGAAUAGCAAUGGUUAUUCUGUCUACUAAUAUUGUCGUUUGUUACUUAUGUAAAAAGUAAAUAAUAAUUUUCAUCUUCUAUUUUUUGUAAUGAAUAGCUAUGUUUUCUUUUCUGGUUUAUUAGAAGUUUACAAAAUCAAUCGAAAUGUAAAACACAAAAUGAAUCAAAUAUAUCUUUUACUCAUGAAGAAUUACAACAUAGUCUAAUGCAACAUUUAUAUCAUGAACAAACAAAUACAAUAUCAUCAACAUCAACAUCAUCUUCUUCAUCAAAACAUUCACAAUCAAAAUCGAAUGAUACAUCAACAACAAUAACAUCUCCUCAUUUUACAAAUUUAUCACAAAUAAAUCCAACUUCAACAAUUUUAUGUUAUCGAAAUCCACAUAUUAAUGGAGAUUCAGUUGAUUAUCAUGUUUAUGAAACAAUUCCUUCAGAGAAUUUAAACUAUAAUAUAUGUACUAAUCAUAGUGCUUUUAAACCAGUUAUACAAUCGAAUACACAUACGAUUCGACCAUAUCUUCCUCGAACAAAUAUUCUUCAUCAUUCUGAUUUAUCGAAACAAACCUAUGAUACAACAUCAUCAUCAAAUCCAACAGUUGUAAUACCUGUAUGUUGUCAUCAUUAUUCAUCACAAUGUGUAACAGGAACUUUAAGACAACAUAGAUUACCUCCAACAACAGAUAUAUAUUCUCGUUCUGAGAGUAUCGUAUAA